AAUAAUAUAUUUCUUAUGACUUUGCCUAAAGUGGGGUCAGCUUGGUUGGCAUUAUCAGGAUCCGUACUAACAACCGUGCGAAAAUUAUUGACUUUAGGAUCUAAAUAUUAUUUUUUAUUGCAAACACUCUUAUGCAACAUAACAGAUUUUAGCAUGACUGACUUGAAAGCUCAUUUAGAAACUUUACUUGAAGAAACCUUGGUUUAUCAAGCCGUGGAAACAGCAUUUUUUGGUUUGAUAAUAUACAAUGAAGAAGAUGAAAACAAUAGGAAAGAGUCGUUUCUUAAAUCAUUUAAACAAUUUUGGAAUAGUAUUCCUCAUGAACUUCAGAGUAUGGAAAUUAUUUCAUUAUUUGUUGACUUUGCAAAUACACAAUAUACUGUUGCCAGACUUUCUCACAUAUUUAGUCUCUUAAAGUUUAUUGUAGAGAAUGAUGUUAUACCAGCAAGGAAAGCAUGUGAGGCAGUACUUAAUUCUUCACACUUGAAGUUUGAAAAUAGCAAUGUUUGGAUUCAGAGUUUGAAUUUUCUUUUUUACUUUUUACCACUUAUGGACUAUAAAAGUGUUCGAGCUGUUUUUUCUAUUCUGUUAUGUAAAGUGAAAAGUGAGUUACCUGAAAGGAUAAUGAACUCUCAACUUUAUCUGGUUGAAGAAACAAAAAGAAUUAUAGACUUAGGUUUGGAUAGAAGUGUCUGUUUGCUUCCAAGCUACUUUGUAUUAAAUGAGAUUUAUAAAUUGUAUCCUGUUGAUAACUUUCAUCCUCAUUGGGUACUAGGAAAAGAUUUUACUUCAUUUACAAGUUCUUUUAAACCUCUUGCACAAAUGGUAUCAAUAAUAGGACAUUCAAGUCUUACACCUGUAAUUGGCUAUACAAGUUUUUCAAAUGUAUGGAACCUUGAUCCGGCUACUUUAAGAUAUCCUUUAAAAGGACCUCUUCCUUACAAUAAAAAGCUGUUAGAGUCUCAAAAAAAUCUUAUACGUUAUGUUAUAUCUCAACCCUAUUCUCGUGAAUUUGUUUGUGCAAUGUUAGGCUUAAAAAAACAGCAAAAACAGCGUUGUGAAGCUUUAGAAGAGGUUCUUGUUGAUCUUAUAAUGAUGGCUAUGGAAAAAAAUGAAAGUUCGAUUGAUGGAGACAAUUAUUUAAAGUUGCUAUGGCAACAUUUAUCAAGUCAACUUAUUUUUUUUAUUCUAUUUCAAUUUGUUAGUUUUCCACACAUGGUGAAGUUGUUACAUAAAAAGUUACUAAAUAAAAACCUCACGAAGGGAAGAGAUCAGUUAAUGUGGGUUUUGCUUCAGUUUAUUUCUGGCAGUAUUCAGAAAAGCUCUUUGUCAGCAUUUUCACAUAUCAUCAAGUUGUUUGAAACAUUAUAUCCUGGAAAAGAGCCUUUGCCAGUUCCUACAUCAAUUAAUGCAGAUAAUGUGUCAUCCUUUUCUAUGGCUUGCAUAUGGGUACACCUUUCUAAAAAGGCCAGAAUAGAAAGCAACCAACAUGAUACAAUGGUAUCAUAUGGAGCACCAAUAACUUUAUCCAAACAGCUAGAAUUUUUAUCAGAAAGAGUGCAGAAACCUCAUGAUGAUUAUGAAAUGGUGCUGCUGUGUAAUGCUUAUAGUACAAGCUCAGAUGUUUUCUUACUACAAAUGAAUGAGAUUAUGAGUAAGAUUUGUGAUUCAACCACGGUGAAACUUCCAAAAAACUGUUUGGCAUCUGGAAGUGUUGUACCUCUUGAUAUGAAACUACUUGAUUCACUAACAGCUCAUACUAAAAUGAGUUUAAUCCAUAAUAUAGUUACAAAAAUUAACCAGUUUGCUGCAAGUUCAACCCAACUCCAUCAGGAUCAGCAACAGGUUUUAGCGCUGUCUCCAGCAUUGGUUGAAACUUAUAGCAGAUUACUUGUUUAUAUGGAAAUUGAGUUACUAGGAAUUAAAAGUUUUAUAAGCCAAGUCUUACCAAAUGUCAUUAAACGCAAAGCAUGGAGCAUUCUUCAUGGGUUACUAGAAAUGUUUAGUUAUCGCUUACAUCAUAUUCAAUCUCAUUAUCGAAUGAGCCUUAUUUCCAGUCUCCACAAUGUUGUUCCUGUCAGCGACUUAGAUAAAGUACAAAUUCAAAUAUGUGUAGUUACAACAGUGCUUAAACUUAUUAUGGGAUUUGGUUCAUCUGAUCUUCAAGCUCAACUCUCAUCUCAAAGAUACACAACUGAACCUUCUGUUAUUUUGUCAAAAGAUUGUGAAGAAUUAAACAAAGUCUUGAUUUUAACUAUGGCAAGAGCAAUACAUGUUACUGGAGCUGAUUCAUUGCCUUUCACUUGGUGUGAAUCAAUUGUUAAAGAAUCUUUAAAACUAACUCCCCACAGAUGGUCUUCUUACACUCUUGCAUCAUUUCCUGUUCCUUUACAACUAAUUUGUUCUCAAGAGUCUGUUGUUGAAGAUGUUAAUGGUAAAGUUUUGAUGUCAGUUGUUGAGAAGCAUCAUCGUAAAUUAAAAACAUUGAAUGAAGAGGAGACAGUAAGCUACUUUAAUGAGAAAGAACAAGCUGAAAUAUUUUUGUGCAUAGUUUGGAAGGUCUUAUUAGAGCAUAAUCGAAUAACUCCUGUUUGCCAUCAAAUCCUUACAAACCUUUCUAAUAAAAGUCAUUCAUCAAAACCACUUGCAAAUGGUUGCAAGUUUUUUGCUGACUAUUUAGUUUUUGAUUUUAAGUUGUAUGUUAAUAAUCCACAAAAUGCUGCUCAAGUUUCCAAGAGAUUCCAGUAUUUAAAUGACAUCAUUUGGAAAUAUGAGAUCAUACCUUUGGAUCGUCUAAUAUUAAGUUUGACUCUUCGUCCUCAUGAUGAGAAAAACUCUCAAAUAUGUUUUUAUAUAAUUAAAUGGUUACUUCUGCAACCUGCGGAACUAAGAUUAAGAGUUAAAAAGUUUGCUUCAGAGAAUACUCCUCAACAUUGGACACAAGUUGACUGGAAUGAAAGGCACACUGCAUAUCAUGAUCAAUAUCCAGAAAGAUACCAUUAUGAAGGAAUACUUGAAGCUAACAACAUAACUUUGCCUAAUCUGCAAUAUCUGCCAACUUACUUUGGAAAUAUUUGUUUACGGUUUCUUCCGGUAUUUGAGAUUCUCAUACAUAGACUUAUAGAAGUAUCACAAUGGAAUACAUUAGAUCAUAUUCUUAAGGAAUAUUCUCCUCUCUUCAAAUUCUUAGAGCAGCCAAUCACAUAUUUGUAUAAUACUUUGCAUUAUUAUGAGAAAAAGCUUAAAGAAAAUGCAAUCAUAAAGCGAAAGCUUAUGUUAAGCAUAUGUACUUCAUCUGGCAACUUGCUUGAUGGCAUCUUUUCUACUGAGAUUAUCGAAUUUAUUAACAAAGAAUCAGACACAUGGGUUCCGAACAUAGAUUACUUUGUAGAACUCUUCCAAAAGUUUAUAACUGCAACUUUUUUCAACAAAUCCCGUUCAUCCUAUCCUUCAUUCGAUUGGAGGUUCAAUGAGUUUCUGAACUCCACAACAUUAGCUUUAUAUGCAACUUGUCUGGAACUAAUGAUUUUGCCAAUUAGUGCAGAAGAUGUAGGUCAUGCAAUUGUUGAUUUAGUCACAAUGUGCCAUGGAAGCAAUCAAACAUUAAUUAAAUCAAAUUAUAUGGAGUGGAUAAAUACUGCAGCUCUUUUGCUAACAUCAUUACCGAGAUCGUAUCUAAAUGUAGUCAACAUAAAAGUAUGUGAUGUAAUCCAGACAACUUUGGCAAAUAAAGUUCUUUCUUCAACAUCUACUUUGCCUUCAUUUUUUGAUUUUCAUGAAGAUGGUUGUAACUUAUAUGAGGAUCGCGUGCUUGCAAUGUUUCAUGCAACAUGGCUACAUGCAACUAUGGGCCAGUUCUAUACACUCUCUAGAUUUCUUCAAGAAACCCUCAAACCUUUGAUCCAUAACGAAACCCAGCUAUUGUUUGUAUUUUGUAUGUUUGGUCCAUUUCUUCAGCGAUUUCAAGAAGAAAGAUCUGGAACUUUAUUUGAGAUAGCCAAAGAAUUCUACUAUCUUCUUGAACAAGUUUGUCGCAAUUGUGUAUCAUUAGUGUUUGUAGAUCUUAUCGCCGAUUUUCUCUAUCACAUAAAGUAUAUGUUUGCCGGUGAUCAUUUGAGAGAUGCGGUUGAGAGUACGUUACACAGCUUUCAUCCUUCUCUUCAAAAUAAACUUAAGUUUAUGGUUUUUCCAAAGAAAGAAGAUAUUUCACAUCAGUAAAAUAAUGUUGCGUUUAUUACUAUACGUAAAAAUUUA